AGUCCAAUCUGGUUAGUUCUCUGUAGCUCCCCGAGCUGUGCGCCUCUGCACUGCCAUCGGCCAUGGCCAGCACGUCAGUCUUCGUUGUCGCUAUAGAUUUUGGCACGUCCUACAGUGGGUACUGUUUCUCCCUUGCUUCAGGUACAGACCAAAUCCGCCAGGUAUACUGGGGAACAGAGCAUGGGCUCAAGACCCCGAAGACACCCACAUGCAUCUUGUUCAACCAGAAGCAGGAGUUCAGGAAGUUUGGCUACGAUGCUGUGAUGAAGUACAAGAGCCUGCCCUCCGGAGAAGCUGACAACUGGUACUUCUUCCAGAACUUCAAGAUGGCACUGUACAACACGAAAGUCACUUCUGGCAUGGAGCUGAAAGCCAGCAAUGGAAAGAUGCUACCUGCCCUGACAGUCUUUUCCGAAAGCCUACGCUACCUGAAGGAACAUGCCAUGAACACCAUCCAAGAGGCCUCUUUCCAAACCGUCUGCGACCAGGAGGAGAUCACCUGGGUCAUUACCGUCCCAGCCAUAUGGAGCGCUGCUGCCAGGCAGUUCAUGCGGCUGGUGGCAAAACAGGCAGGACUCAUCUCUGACAUGAUUUCUGAGAAGCUGAUUAUUGCCCUGGAGCCGGAGGCUGCAUCACUCUGGUGCAAACAGCUUCCACAGGAAGGGUUUAUAGCAGACAGCAGUGACAAGAAGAAGUUUGAAGAAUCCCCUGGGAUCCAGUAUAUCGUUGUUGACUGUGGAGGUGGCACAAUAGACAUCACGGUACACGAGAUCCAAGAAAACCAUUUCCUGAAGGAAUUACACAAGGCAGCAGGAGGUGGAUGGGGAGGCAACAGAGUGGAUGAAAACUUCACUGAAUUCCUCAAGGAAAUAUUCAAUGAUGGUGUAUGGGAUGAAUAUGUAAAAAGCCACCCUACCGAAUUACAACAUAUGAUGUACAACUUCAGUCUACAGAAAUGCUCUGCUAGCAGGGAGGCGGUCUACAUACAUUGCUACUACAACUUGACCAGAGUGGCAGAACGCAAGAAGAACAUCUCCCACUUCUUCACACAAGCAAAAGGAGCUGUGUGGUGUGAUGGGAUGAUCAUGAUUACAUAUGAGAAAAUGAAAAGCUUUUUUGACUAUAGUAUCAAAAAUAUAAUUUGUACUUUGAGGGAAAUUCUUGACAAGCCUGAGAUGGCCAAGGUCCAGUACAUUUUGCUUGUGGGAGGCUUUGCGUCUAGCGUCAUCUUGAGAGAUGCAAUCAAUCAGGCCUUCAGCAAGAAUUAUCAUAUCCUUUGUCCAAUGGAGGCCCAAGUGGCCAUUGCAAAAGGGGCUGUUUUGUUUGGAGUUAAUCCACACAUUAUUGCCUCAAGAGUCAGCACUCGGACAUAUGGUGUAUCAAUAAAUUGUAAAUUUGAUCCUGCUAUCCAUGACUUAAAGAAACAAAGGAUCUCAAAAGCUGAUGGCUAUAUUUAUUGCACAGAUCUCUUCAAGAAAUUGGUGGGAAUUAACGAGUCAGUGAAUAUAAAUGAAGUUGCCCACUAUUUUUUCCAUCCAACAGAACCAGAUCAGGAAAGUGCACGUUUUUGUUUCUAUUGUACAGAAAAGCAGGAUGCUCAAUACAUAGAUGAGGAAGGGAUGGAAUGGCUUGGCUCCUGUACAGUGCCAAUGCCAGACAAAACGCUGGGGAGGAAACGUGAGCUGAAGCUGGAUAUUAAAUUUGGGCUCACUGAAUUUAAAGCUACAUGUACUGACAUUACUUCCAAAGAAAGUCGGACAGUUACAAUAGAUUUUUUAGCUGUGUAAAUGCUCAGUACAUCGAGCAGCAGGGACAAGGGAGUGCAUGGCUUUAGUGGGAGGCAAUAACUACUACAACAGAGAAGGCAAAUGGACCAUAAAGUCCAUCAUCCAGCUUUCUGCAUGCACAGGUAAAUGUUUUGCUAGUCUGAUUCUCUGGUUCCUUCCAUUACGCACCAACCACUCUUUCAAUCCAACACCUCUCCUUCUGUUGCAUCUGACAGCAAGUUUAUCUGCUGCUUUAUCUCUUGCCCUUCUAGCUUAGCCCCAUUGCAUCUCUGAACACAAUAGUCUAUACCACCAAUAUAAUAAUCUGUACUUAUGUUUGAUACAAAGCUGCUGAACUAGUGUCUAACUUCCACAUAUACCAGCCCAUAAUUAUUUCUUUUAGCCUGAUAUCUUCUUUCAGCUACAGCCUCUCUUCCUCUGAUACCAGGUCCCUUCAUCUGGAGUGCAGGUUUAACUCUGCCAGUGGUGACACUCAAUGGAGGUGAGUUUUCUUCAGAACAUCACUAAUAAAGAUUGUGUGUAAUUAAAGUGCUCUUGUCCCAGUCAAGAUACUCUGUGAAGCAGUAACUCAAUGUAGUCUGUGGGCUUGUAUCCAAAACCUGUGGGAGUGUUGUUUCCAUUAAACCAUUGGGUGGUUUGAGCUCAUUAACCGGGCAGAUACGAAUGCCAGAUCGUAACAUUACAGAUAUGAAAAGUGCUUAUGCUGCUGUCUGAGCAUCUCUGUCAAGCUGUGAGUACUCUCUACAUCUCUGACUUGGGCUUGCUAUUUUCCAUGUACAUAAAAGCUCAUUUCUUUGCCUCCUGCCUACAGCACCGGUGCACAGUUUCAGCACAGUGUGGCCUACGUGAGCCCAAAUUUGUCCAAGAAAAGGAUGUGAUCCUGCAGUGUACUGGGUCUGGCUGGGGUGGAGUUUACUUUCUUCAUAGCUGCCUUUACGCUGCUGUGUGAUUUAUGGCCAAAAUGGUGUUGAUAGCAUACCAGCAUUUUAGCAAUAGCUGAACAGUGCUUGCCCAGCAGCAAGGCUGUCUCUGUUUCUCACUCUGCCCCUGCAGCGAGGAGGCUGGCGGGGGGAGCCAGGGGCUGGGAGAGGACACAGCUGGCACAGCUGGCCCCAACUGACCGAAGGGAUGUUCCGUGCCCUGUAACCUCAUGCUCAGCAAUAAAACUGGGGGAGAGUUUCUCCAAAGCAGCUAUUGCUUGGAGACUGGCUGGGCAUCGGUCUGGUGGUGGGAUGUGGUGGCUACCUUGCAUCACUUGGAGGUUUUUUUGUGUUUUAUUUUUCCCCUUCAUUAAGAAUGUAGAGUUUCCCCACUGAACGCUGACCUGUCCCAGUGCAAAUACUUGGUUAGCUGGGUGCGCACAUGAAAACUCAACGCUGGCAUCUUUAUUAGCUGUAAUGACUGCGUUAGAAGCACUGCUAGCCAAGUACUUAAUGUUGUCAAUCAGCAGCAUUCAGAUUAAUCUGUACAUAUACUAUGCCCUAUCAUGUAUAAAAGCUGAACUAUUUUGAAUACAUCACUUUUGUUUUCACAUUUAAAAUCUUAUCUGUGCAGUAAAAGUAUUUACAACAGAAA